UUGAUGUGAAUCAAACAUCCAAUAUCUACAAAGAUGCAUGCGUGUUUGGUAUCGUUACAGAGAAUCCUUAGUGUAUAGAAACAUUCCCCUCAUACCACAAUGUGAACUUAAACCACUUCGCUCUCUCUAACAGAAAUCCAUUAUUUAUAUUAAUCAAAAUGUAUUAUUCAACAUGCUCACACUAUCAAGAGAAGACUAAGACUACACAUAAAUCAUAACUUACAAAAAGACAAAACCUUUUUUCAUAAAAACAGCUAUUCUUGUUCGAAUCAUGUCGGAUGUAACUUUAUACUUUAGAUAUAAGCUGUCCUUAGCACAUUAAAUUAAUGAAAACAAAAGGAUCUUCUUCCACGCACAUGCAAUUAUAUAUUUAUAUAUAUGGUCCACUACACAAGCAAAUGCUACGACUCGACAAAACAAAAAUUCUCACAAACACUCUCUCUCUCUCUCAUUCGAAACUAGGGUUCUUGAGUUGUCCAUGGAGAGAGAAGAAUGCAGCAGUAGCGAAUCCGGCUGGACUACGUAUAUUUCUUCACCUAUGGAGGAUGACGAGCAAGAGGUAACUGAUGAGGUGUACUAUGAAGGGCAUAUCACCGGAAACGAUCAAAGAAAGCAUGUUAACGAGUACGAAAACAACAAAGACAGCGACGAUUCAAUGGCUUCCGAUGCUUCUUCCGGGCCAAGUUAUCCCCAAACGAGCAAUAGAGGGAGAAGCAGAGAAUGUAUUGUUUUAAGGAAUGGGAAAAGUGAAAGUAAGAGUAAGAGUAAGAGUAAUGAGGAUUAUGACCACAAACAUAAUGCUAAGAAUAGUGACAAUUAUAAAUGUAGGAUAAAAGAGAAGAAAAAGAUUGAAAGUAAAAGUAAGUCUUUUAAAAAGAAGUAAGUUAUAUCUUGAAGUUGUUUGUAUGUAGAUUGGAUUGUUAAUUUCCAUUUUUAUGUUGGGUUUUUUUGAUGCCUCAGGCAAAGGGUGUGUGAUGAUUUUUAUCUGUUUCUUUCCUUUUCAACAUGAAAUUUGAUAUUUGUAUUCUCUUUUGUCGUUCUUGUAUUAUCAUUCUUAUUUCUUACCUUUACUAAUAAUCCAGCAUGAAGAUUAAUUAUUCUUCUUCUCAUGAUAAUGUUAGCUACAUGCAUGUUUAGGUGGUUGCAUACUAAAACUAUAUUUAUAUUAGAAGUAGCUUAAAAUUACGUUGAACGGCUGUUUCUUACGCUACAUGUUCUUUUCAUGGGAAGAUAUAUUUAAGCAAAAAGUAGGAUUAGAUGAAUAUAUCUAUAAACGUAUACAAUUCAAACAUAUUCCGUACACGAACUCCUUACGAAUUUAAAAAUUAUUUUGUUUAGUAUUAUAAAGUUCAAGAAGAAACACAAAUAUUCUGUUUUUUUUUUCUUUUACUUAUUUAGAGAAAAUAGGCUUGGAAAUUAUCGGGUGGAAAAGAAAUGUUAUAUUUAAAUAUAGAAUCAAAGUGGUGUAAAUGAAAAUAGGUAUAAAAAGGCAUGUGUGGUGGAAACGUAUCCUUCGAGGCAACUUCUCCAUUAUUGAUCAUAUUGUGGCUUUCUAUGUGUGUUCGAUCAAACUGUCUUAAAUAUUUAUGAUGCAAAUGUUUUGUUCCUUUGUUUGUUUUGGCUGUAAAGAGGGAAAUGGAUCCACCGCAGACACAUGACAGCAACAUGCAUGGGAACUCUUCCACAGAAAAAUUAUUAGUUUUUGUCUGAAUGUUCACAUUUUUUGGGUGUUACUUAUGAAUUAGAUAUAAUGUAAACAUCUAACUCACCCUCAAACCUUGUAAAAAAAAUUCCAUUAACAUGUAGCACAUGUAUUAAGUAAUUUAUAUGUUCUGGUCAAAAAGAAUGAGUAAUUUAUUUGUGUACCGAGAGAAGCAUAUGUGGGAUGUAACCACUCUUGUUUAUUUUCUCAGUUUAUUUCGAGGAAGUGAAAUAUGUUAAGACACAAAGAGAGCACAUUAGGCCAUUUACAAUAGAUAAUUAUGUGACAACCCUCAAAAUCCAAAAUAAUUAUCAAUCCAAAAGCGUAGUAUUUGAACGAAAAAAAUUUGUAUGGAAUUGCAAAAGAACUAAUGGUAAACAAUUUUCAGAGGAAGCUCUUGUGGGCCUAUUUUGUUGACUUGAGAAAGAAAUUAAAACCGGAACACAAACCAAACGUUUGGAAAGAAUUAGCCCAUGGGCCUUCUUCUCUCAUCCCCUGAAAAAGAAACAAACCAUCAACAAAACAGCAUAUAUAUUUGGCAUCUGAGAAAGUACACGAAAACAGUCAUUUCGUACUCAACAUAUCAUAAUGUUUAAUUUAUACACCUUGCAAAAAGAUACAUGCAUUUUCGAAAAAGUCAAAUAACAUAAAUUUUAUUUACUUUUUUAGCGAAAUUAUAUACUAGCCGCCACAUCAACUUUCACUUCAUCUAAUUUUACUGACGUGAUACUACGUCAGCUAAUUUUGUUGAAGAAAAUAUCACAUGUACAAUAAUUUUUUAAUAAAACAAAAUAGUCAGUUUAUAAAAAUAUUUUUUUUAAAAAUGUAAAAGUUUAUAAAUUUUUAUUAUAUAGUAAAAUUAACAAAAAAUAAUUUAAAAAUAAAAUUUUCAUCUUAUAUAAAAGAUAUAUUCGUUAUAAUGUUUUGAUCAAAUCAUAAUACCAUCUUUAUAAGAGUUGUAUAAGUGUUGUAAUGAUUCAAAUUCAAAAAUAGUGUUGCAGUCGUAUUACUCUUGAUUAAUCUUGGUUAUGUUGUUUUCCUUUAAAAAAAUUUAGAUUAACAUAUCUAAAUUCUUAAUCUCUUGAAAAAAAUUAUUGUCAUGAUUACACAACCGAUCUAAAAAAUUUCUAUAUAAGCACAUAAACAAGAUUAACAUAAGAGUAAUUGAUUGAUCGAAACAUUAUAACAAAUAUAUCUCGUAUACAAGAUUAAAAUUUAUUAUCUAAUUAAUUUUUGUUAAUUAUACUAAAUAAUAAAAAAAUAUAAACAUUUAAAUUUGUAAACAAUAUUUUUAUAAAACGACAAUUUUUUUAAAAAAAGUUUAUUGUACGUGUGACAUCCUUAUCAGCAAAAUUAACUAAUGUAGCAUCCAUAUAAGCAAAAUUAGAUGAUGUGGCGAUUGGUGUAUGUUUUUCCCAACAAAAUAAACAAAAUGUAUGUUUUUUUUUGAAAAUACAUGUAUAUGUUUUUGCACGGUCAUAUAAAUCGGAUAUAAAUUGAACAUAUAACUAUUUUUCAAAAAGGUACAAAUGAGAUUUGUAAAUGCAAGUGUAAGCAUCGAACUCUGCUUUGGCAAAUAAUAUUGGAUAAAAUGUAAAUAUAUUAUAUUAUGAUUACUUUUUUCAUGAACCAAAUUCUACUUUAAAUAGACAAAAUGAUAUGCCAUGUAAUAUGAACAAAACUUAGGUUCACCUAUUAUUCUAGUAUCAAUCAAAGUGCCACGUAGAUAAUUAAUUUAAAAAUAUAUUAUAUUUAUUUAAAAUAACUAAAAAAAGAAUAAUACUAAUUUUAACAACGAUAACGACGCCAACUAAAUCGUAAACCCAAAAUUUUAAAUUCUCAACCCUAAACCGUAAAUCUUAAACCCAAACCCUAUACCCUAUACCCUAAACCCAAAUCCUGAACCCUAAAUCCAAACCGUAUACACUAAAUCCAAAUCUUAGACCAUAAACCCAAACCGUAAACCUUAAAUCCAAACCCUAUACCCUAAAUCUAGACCCUAAA